UGGCACGCGUUGCGAUCGACGCGUCUGACGGCGUCCGCGUUCAGCAACGCGUGCGGAUUCUGGCGCGGCGGCCGGAACGAGCUCUGGGAAGAGAAGCUCGGCCUCGCGGAGCCGUUCGCCGGGAACGAGGCCACGGAGUGGGGGUCGUCGAGAGAGGACGACGCGUGCGAGGCGUACGCCGGGCUCACCUCGGCGUCGGUGUCGCACAUGUUGUUCCGCGUGCUGUCCCCGGACGAGGCGGAGCUGUGGCUGGGCGCGUCCCCCGACGGACUCAUCGCCGCGCCCGCGGCGACGACGGGACCGGGGGCGGGACCGGGGGCGGGGGCGGAGGGCGGCGCGGAGAUGCCCCCGGGCGUCCUCGAGAUCAAGUGCCCUUUCAACAAAGGGAAGCCGCUCGCCGCGAAGCCGUAUCCGAACGUGCCGUGGUACUACGUCCCGCAGGUCCAGGGGCUCAUGGCGGUGUUCGAUCGGCAGUACUGCGACGUGUUUUGCUACACCGAGAACGGCGGGAGCGCCGUAUACCGCGUCCGGAGAGACCCGGAGUACUGGGCGCUGAUGUAUCGCGCCCUGAGCGAUUUCUGGUGGCAGCACGUCGUCCCGGGGAAG